CUUAAAGUAUUUUUUUUUUAACAUAAGUUGUUUCUAAAAAAAUUCUAAAAUGUUUUUUUUUCAAAACAAUACUUUGUUAUAAUGUUUAAAACUUAUUGUGGAGGCAGUGGAACAUCAAAACAAUUUACUGAAACACCAAAUUUCUUUUUUUUGCUACAUAUUUAGUAAUGACCAUUAGCUUUUAAAAAAGUAACAUUGUGUAUUUUUUGAAAAUUACCUACAAGUAUGCUUGUUUCUGAAAAGAUCAUUCCAGAACGAUUUAAGAAAGCUUCAAACACUUAUUUAUUACCUGAAACGAAUGACAUUGAAUCCAAUGGGAAAACUCCCUUAAAAACGUCUUCAAUUUCAAUGUCGCAACAAAUAGUUCCUCUAAGAACAUCCGUUCCUUCUCAUUUCAAUCCAACGAAUCCUUGUAUCUUUUCACAGUUUUGUUGUUCCGAUAAACAACCUGUUGGUGGAUUUCAAAUUUUACCUCUUGAUACUGAAGUCAUUGAGAGGCAAGAAGCUAUCAAUAAAAAAUUACGUGAUCUUUUGAAAACCAAUAUAAAACCUCCUAAAAAAAAUGUUCCAUAUGCCCCAAGUGACUCUAUCACAAUCGCUCUCCCUUCUAAGACGCAAUCAAUCACGAGUAGUGCAAGUAGUUCUUCCAAUAUGGAUGAAUCAUCAUCUCGUGCAACGACAACAAAGCAAAUGGCUGUGGAUGAAGUUUCACAGGAGAGCAGUCACACAAAAGAUUCUGUCACUCCCUCAGAUUUGUCUCAAACAACAUCUUCCAUUUUUUCCGUCUCCGUUCCACGUCUUUUAGAAGGAGAUCCACCUUGGUACUAUUUUUUAGGUUUUAAUGGAAAGAAUUCAACGUAUUUACGAAAAAAAAAACAAUCAAUCAUGAAUAAAAAAAAAACGCGGAUUUAUAAAUAUGAUUGGGUAUCUGCGUUACAUGAUAUUAAUGAAAAUCUGGAUUUUUUUGGUCGGUUUCAUGAAGAAUUACACGCUCUUUUAUUAUGGUUAGACCCCACACCUGAAGAAAUUCUUUUAAGACAAAGAGUUUUAGCUAAAAUAACUCUUGUCGCUAAAUCCUUGUGGCCCAAUUGUACAGUGACUCCUUUUGGAUCCUACUACACAGGUUUAUGGUUACCAGUUGGAGAUAUGGAUAUUUCUAUUAUGGAUGUUGAAGGAUCACAAAUUUUAAACUUAAAAAUGCUCACAAUAUCUCUAGCUCGAUUAGGUAUACCCGUUGCAGUGGAGGUGAUCUCCUCUGCACGUGUUCCUAUCGUGAAGUAUAUUGAUAGCGAAACGGGUAUUUCUGUCGAUUUAUCUCUCAAUACAGAAAGUGCAAUGGAUACGUCGCAUUUCAUAUGUCGUCAGUUAGAAUUGUAUCCUUGGUUACGCCCUUUAAUUAUGAUUAUAAAAUUAUUUCUUUACCAGAGAAGACUAGGGGAAACUUAUCGUGGUGGUAUAGGCUCAUAUUUACUUUUUGUUCUUUGCUUAAGCUUUUUGCAACAACAUAAAAUUUUAGCGUGUGAAAAGCUUUCUUCUUCCGUGGGAUUAGGCCACCUUGUUUUAGAUUUUUUUAAACUAUAUGGUAUGGAUUUUAAUUAUGAUGCUAUCUGCAUUUCGGUUCGAAACGGAGGCAGAUAUAUUAAUAAAGAUAAAAAGCAUUGGAUGAAUACAGACAAGCCUGGUAUGUUAGCUGUUGAAAGUCCAUUGGCACCUGACAUGGAUAUAGGAAGAAAUUCUUUUGAAAUUCGAACAGUUCGAAAUUGUUUCAGACAGAGCUUCCUAGAUUUAGCAGAAGUUUUAACUCGAUGGAAUAAAAACACGUUUGACAGAAGAGAAUCCAUUGUUAAUCGUUUUAUCUUUACAACAGAUCCUUUAAUGACGUAUCGUCAUCGCACUCCUUUUAUAUUUUCAAAUGAAACUAAACUAGAAUCAAGUCUUUGGUGGCAAAGUAUAAAAGGUUAUUUUAAUCAACCUGUUGGAACUCUUCGUCCUAAGCCAACAUUGUGUAAAGAACUUUUAAAGCAGGUUGAAAAAGAUAUUUUUUCUGCAGGAAAUUCAAUUGAAAAAAUUAACAGAAAAGUGUUAAAAAAAAAAAGAGAUCGAAUUGAUAAAAACGCGCAUGAUUUCAAUAAGCAAGCAGAAAAUUUCCGUUUGACUUCUAAAAAUAAUGCUAUUGACGUCACUCAUUCUUACAAAACUUCAAAAAAAGAGCAUGAAAAAAAUCAACAACGUUCAGAGGAGAAUAGUGGAAACGCCGUUGAUCUUAAUGUACUCGAAUUGUCUCAACUUAAACCUAUUGAGAAAUUCUUACAAUCAAGUACUACAGAUAAAUGGGAUAAAACAUUUAAUAACUAAAAAAAAAUUAAUUAAAUAAAAACAAUUUGCUUUUUCAGAAAAUAGAGUGCUUACAAUGCAAAAAAAAACUAUUCAUAUCCCUUAUAAAAUUUUUAAAACAAAAUUAUAUUUUUUUA